AGUAGCAGGAGAAGCACCAGAGACUUUAAACCACAUGGAAAUCAGUUUGCUGUGUUUUGCUCACUGAUUGGUCCCUUUCCUCCAGGACGCGGUUACCUUGACAACGUGAACCUGGUUUCGGCUCGCCGUGGGGACGGCGUCGCGGCCGGCUGGGUCCAGACCUGCACAUGUCCACCAGGAUAUGAGGGCGACUUCUGUGAGCGCUGCUCAGUCGGGUUCAGGCGCCGGGCGCCGUCAUCCGGGGCCUUCAGCGCCUGCGAGCCGUGCAGCUGCAGGGGCGGCAGCUGCGACCCCCAGACCGGAGACUGCUACUCCGCCGACGAGACGCCCGGCGAGCGGAGCUGCUCCGAGGGGUUCUACAGAGACCCGCGGCAGCAGGGGACCUGUGAGCGCUGCCCCUGUCCGGAGAGGUCAUCCUGCUUUCUGGAGGCCGGAGCUCUGGAGCCUCAGUGCCUCCGCUGUCCGCAGGGAACCUUUGGGUUUUACUGCGACACCUGUCGGGAGGGUUUCCAUGGCGACCCCACAGGUCUGCGAGGCGCGCAGCGACCCUGCAGACCCUGCAGCUGCAACGGUCACAUCGACGUCAGCGCGGCGGGAAGCUGCGACCGCAACAGCGGAGAAUGUCUGAAGUGUUUGAACAACACGACCGGUCGGUUCUGUGAGAGCUGCCUGCCCGGGUUCUACCGCAACCCGUCCGCCAGCGCCUGCAAACCCUGCAGCUGUGACCUCCUGGGCUCAGAGGACGGCCAGUGCGACGCGGCCGGCCGGUGCCGGUGCCGAGCGGGCUUCCAGGGUCCGAGGUGUGACCGGCCCAACUGCCCCACCUGCUUCAGCCCCAUCAAGAAGAAGAUGGAGCUUUACUCCAUCAGACUGAAAGAGCUGGAGUUCUUGUUGUCUGCGCCGGGUCGGGUUCCGACCAACCGGGCUGAGAUGGAGGCGACUCUGAGAGCCAUGGAGGAUCUGAUGCAGAACCUGCAGCAGAGCGCCCAGCGGCUGACGGAUCAGGAGAAGACGCUGCAGACUCGCCUGUCGUCCAUCAGCGGCCGUCAGCUCACUGAAGAACAGGAGAUCCAGAACAUCUCAGAGACGGUCAAACGCAUCGGCCAGCAGCAGCGCACCUUCAAGUCCAAGGUGGAGGAGGUGGAGGCGCUGAUCCCUGCCAUGAAAAACCUCCUGAAGGAGGCAAAAACCAAAAUCCAGUCCGUGGAACUUCCUGUCCGCGAUGAUCCGCUGACUUCAGGCUCGCUGUCCUCUCUGGUGCAGCAGGUGACAGGCCUGGCUGAUGAACACAAAACGACGGCGGGUUCUGUGGAGCGGACGGCCAAUCAGGCUCUGAACGACUCCAAGCAGAGUCUGGAUCUGAUCCGGACUCUGAUGAACAAGGAGAACAAAGUCAAGGAGCUGAUUGGAGAUCUGCAGAGUCUAUACGAUAAAACCUCAGCAGAUGUGAAGAGUUUGGAGAAGCGAGCAGGAAGUCUGAGCGAAGACGCCAAACAGGAGAGCAAGAUGGCCGACGGCAUGCUGAAAGACAUUUCCAGGCUGGAGAAGAACCUCCCACCGUCUAUGAAGGAUGCUGUGGACGCCAUGGCAACCAGGCUGGACGCCCUGAAGGAGGCGGCGCAGAAGAACAUGUCCGCCGUGGACGAUCUGCUGGGCGCUGUGGAGGAAGACCGGACCGACGCCGAGGAGCUGCUGGAUCAGGGACAAACCGCCCAGCAGGAGUUCAACAAGCUGCUGGACCGGGUCCGCGCCGCUAAAGCUGAAACCGAGAAGGCUCUGCAAGGCGUCGGUACCAACAAAGACCUGGACGACACCCUGAACACCCUGAGAGGUUUCGACCAGCAGAUCGGCGACAGCAAAGCUGAAUCCGAUGAAGCCGUCAAGCGUCUUCCGAACAUCAACAGCACCAUCCAGGAAGCCGUGGGUAAAAACGGCGAGGCCCAGUCGGUUCUGGACGCGGCAUCCAAAGAUCACGACGAGGCGAUGGGAAACAUCAAUACGCUGGACGACUUGGCUAAAAACCUCCAGAACACGGCCGGGUCACUGCCGAGUGCUGACGGUUUGGUGAGCGAAGCCGACAAACUGAACCAGGAGGCCAAGGACCUGAAGGCCGGAGCGGAGCAGACGGCAGCCGGUCUGAAGGUCGGGCUGAAGGAGGCCAAGGAGCUGGCUGCUGGAGCGGAGGAGGCGGCUGCCGGAGCCACCGCGGCGCUCGCCAACGCCAAGCAGAGCAAAGACGCCGUUCAGGAAACACUGAGAUCCGUCAGCGACAUGCUGGCCAACCUGAACUCCGGAGACGUUGUGGACGAGGAGCAGCUGAGGAAGCUGGAGGCGGCUCUGGGCCGGGCGGAGGCGGAGGUGGAGGCCCGCCUGCGGCCGCGGCUGGAGGAGGCGGAGGACCAGGAGGAGGCGCAUCGCCGCCGCCUCACCGCCAUCAACACGGACAUCGACAGCAUCCUGAGGGACAUCGCCAACCUGGAGGACAUCCGGAACAGCAUCCCUGCUGGCUGCUACAACACCCCGCCCAUCGAGGAGCCCUGAGCCGCAGGUCGGAGGUCGGAGGUCAGAGGUCGCACGCUUCAACUUCAGACACUUCAGAAACUGGAACUGUUUUCCUCCUCCUGGGAGUUUCCAUCUGCUGCUGUUCAUAUCAAACCUUCCUGCCUUUAACCGGACCGUCCUGAGGAACCGGUUCUGGUCCGGUUCUGGUCUGGUUCUGGUCCAGUUCGGUCGGUCCGCUCUGCUCAUUUUAGUGUUCAGAUUAUUUUUCUACAAAAUAAAUAAAAACAACCAAACUUGUUGUUCCACCUCUGACUCCUGAUUCAGGACAACAAAUACCUGGAAAACAGGCUGAUGUGGUUUUAUAGAUAUUUUAUUAUUAUUAUUAUUAUUACUAUACAAUCAGAUGAUAAUUAUGCAAUAAGUUUAUUAUAUUAGUUCUUACAUAAGUUCUGCAUAAUUUAACAAAGAUUUAUUUAAUAACUGUGGGACUUAAUCCACAGUUUGAAACUUUAAAGUUUUAAAUUGAAUUUGUCCAAAAGUUUCCAGCUGAGUGUAACCAUGGAAACGGUGACUGUCAUGGCGUUUCUCUAAAGUGUUCAGAUUGUUUAUUAAAACUUUUUUGUUUCAGUAUUUAUAUGUGAAUAAAGAGAUAAAACAUUUUAA